UUCUGCGAGCUCCGACCGCUGGAGCCACCAUCCCGCUUGUGGAAGCUGAGCUGUUUCUCUCUGGUCUUCCCGCAGCAAUUCCGAGCAUCCUGGCGCUUCCAAGCCUCCCUUAAGCUCCUCCAGCAUGACCUCACGAAUCCUGCUACGCCAGCAGCUCAUGCGUGAGCAGAUGCAGGAGCAGGAGCCUGGGGAACAGCAGCAGAAGCAGCAAGCAGCCCAGUUCAUGCAGCAGCGAGUACCCGUCAGCCAGACACCUGCCAUCAACGUCAGCGUCCCCACCAGCCUGCCCCCCGCCACCCAGGUACCCAUGGAGGUCCUCAAGGUGCAGACUCACCUUGAGAAUCCAACCAAGUACCAUAUUCAGCAAGCCCAGCGGCAGCAGGUAAAGCAGUACCUCUCUACCACUCUAGCAAAUAAACAUGCCAACCAAGCCCUGAGCUUGCCAUGCCCGAACCAGCCCGGGGAUCAUGUCAUGCCGCCUGGAACUGGAAGCAGCGCACCCAACAGUCCGAUGGCUAUGCUUACCCUAAACUCCAACUGUGAAAAAGAGGGAUUUUAUAAAUUUGAAGAGCAAAGCAGGGUUGAGAGUGAGUGCCCGGCUCUGAAUACACACUCACGAGCGUCAUGCAUGCAGAUGGAUGAUGUGAUUGAUGACAUAAUUAGUCUGGAGUCAAGUUAUAAUGAAGAAAUCCUUGGCUUGAUGGACCCAGCCCUGCAAAUGGCAAAUACGUUGCCUGUGUCUGGCAAUUUGAUUGACCUUUAUGGCAACCAAAGCAUGCCUCCUCCAGGACUAAACAUCAGCAACUCAUGUCCAGCUAAUCUUCCUAAUAUAAAAAGGGAGCUCACAGAGUCAGAAGCGAGAGCGUUGGCUAAGGAGAGGCAAAAGAAAGACAAUCACAACUUGAUUGAACGAAGAAGAAGAUUUAAUAUUAAUGAUCGUAUAAAAGAACUAGGCACUUUGAUACCCAAGUCAAAUGACCCGGAUAUGCGCUGGAAUAAGGGAACUAUUCUAAAAGCAUCAGUCGACUACAUCCGUAAGCUGCAAAGAGAACAGCAACGCACGAAGGAGCUGGAGAACAGACAGAAGAAGUUGGAACAUGCCAACAGGCACCUGCUGCUCAGAAUACAGGAACUUGAGAUGCAAGCUCGGGCGCAUGGACUGUCCCUUGUUCCGUCUACAGGCCUUUGCUCCCCUGAUAUGGUCAACAGGGUCAUCAAACAGGAGCCUGUGCUGGACAACUGCAACCAAGACAUCAUGCCGCACCACACAGACCUGUCUUGCACUACCACCCUCGAUCUCACUGACGGUACCAUCACCUUCAGCGACAACCUCGGAAAUGUGACUGAACCAACUGGCACUUACAGCGUUCCUCCAAAAAUGGGAUCCAAACUGGAAGAUAUCUUGAUGGACGAUACCCUCUCCCCUGUCGGAGUAACUGACCCGCUACUUUCCUCUGUGUCUCCUGGAGCGUCGAAGACGAGUAGCAGGCGGAGCAGCGUGAGCAUGGAGGACACCGAUCAUGCUUGUUAGCAUAUACUUGGCACACCUUUCAUAAACUGCUUUGUUUCUUGAUCAGUAGAUUAAAUAAUUUACCUUUUGUAGAAUUUUUUUGAUUUUUUUUCUCCUUGUGCUUCAUCAGUAGCCCAGUGUGUGUGCGUGUGUGUAUAUAUUAUAUAUAUAGGAUUUUUUUUAGAAUUUUUGUGAAGAAACUUGUAUAUUCUAUUUUAAAACUACCAAUGCCUCCAAAAUAUUGUACAGCAUAUGUACAGUAUCUGUGAACUGGAUUCGCCAAGAACUUUGAACUGGUCAAAUCUACUCAAAGCAAUAGAAUUACAAAUGAAGAGUCUGUUUCUGCUGGGGGUGGGGGGGAAAAUCACAGAAUUGUAAAUGCUACCUAUUUACUUGGAAACAAAAUGUAAAGUUAAAGAAUGUAAAGAAACAACAGGGGGGAAAAAAGAAGUCCAAUUUGUAAUUGUAUUAAUUGAAUAGUGCUGCCUUAAAGAUACAGUGUCCCUCAAACCUCAGUCUUUGCAAGACAAGUGUUUGGGGAAAACCACCCACCCUACUCCACUCAGAAUACAAACGACGACGAAGUGUUAAGACAUCCUGAUUGUGUUGAUUGUGAUAUAAAAUGCCGUUGCUGAAAAUUGCAGGGAGAUGCGAGUCUCUUUCUCAGAGUGCCCGUUUAAUUUUACUCUGAGCUGAUUUGGGUUUUCCUUUUGAUCAUGGUUCGAGUUUUUUCUCUGAGAUUUUCCUUUUGUUUUGUAACACGCGUUGAUGGCUUGCCAACAGUAAACAAGCAGGAGCACUGUAAGUUGGUAUACACUCUUUGGACAAAAAUAAAUCGAUACAUUUUAUCAGCUGGGCACAUUAUGUUGUACAUAUCUAAUUGGCUUUAUUUUUUUUUAAAAAAAAUUGCAUUGUACAGUAUAUUUUGAUUUGCAUGGAUCCUUAGUUAUCAUCAACUUUUUGUUUUAAAUAUAUUUGUAUUUCAUUUGUAAGAUUUUUGCCUCUUAAUAUUGCAACAAUUUUUUGACAUUUUUAAAACUCAUUGGAAGUUUUCUGCGUUCUUUGUAAACACUUGAAAGGAAGCUUUUAUGCAGGGUUCUGUGUUUUAAGAGAGAUUUUGAGAAUAUUUUGUAUAUUACAGUCUCACUUUGAAAAUGUUUUUAAACACAUUUAAGGUAGAGGACAAAUUUAGACUAGGUAAUAAAACAACUCUGUAGAGAAACUGAACUUAUAUAUUUAUUUUUAGCGAUACAGAAAAAGGUAGUAAUAUGCUUGGAAACGUAACUAUGUAGUUAAUAUACCCGUUAUAGUAAUUUGUGUUUUAUUUCAGCACUGGGGCUGAC